AUGCGCCUCACGACCACCACCCCCAGGGGCUCCCACCUGAAGGAGAACAAGUACCUGAUCGUGGUGACCGACGGGCACCCUCUGGAAGGCUACAAGGAGCCGUGCGGUGGCCUGGAGGACGCGGUCAGCGAGGCCCGGCACCUGGGUGUCAAAGUCUUCUCGGUGGCCGUGACGCCGGACCACCUGGAGCAGCGUCUGAGCAUCAUCGCCACAGACCACACCUACCGGCGCAACUUCACCGCGGCCGACUGGGGGCAGAGCCUGGACGCCGAGGCGGUCAUCAGUCAGACCAUCGACACCAUCACCGACAUGAUCGUGAGUGGCCCCCGG